AUGUGGAUUGUUCCAUUUAUAAGCUAUGUCUUUUCGUUUUUGUUGACUUUAUGGGGAGUCAGAUUUUACAUCAAUAUAUUCAAUUAUCCUUUUUAUACACUGAUAUCAUUGUUACUAGCGGUGUUUAUACCACUAUCGAUCAUAUUUCUAUUGCCCAUAGACUAUGUAUCGAGUAAUUCAACGCUGAAGGCAAUAUGGUUCGAUAUUUCAGAUAAAGUUGUGGUAUAUUUGUGGAAGAGUAAUUAUUGGAUAACAUUUUUGCUAACUUGGCUUUUGCUUCCACUUCUUCAAGAGUUCUAUAGAUCUGGCUACUACGACAAGAUGAGUAAGUUCAAGGAUGCAUUGAAGAGAAACAUCAAGUUCCAGCUUACUGUUUUAGCUGUAUCCGUGGCUGGGGUAAUUUACUUAGUGCUCGAAGUUGGAGGACUUUCAUUCACUCAAUUGAAGCUAAUGAUUAUUGCAAUGUCCCAUAUCUACUCUUUGGUACUAGCGUUGUGGUUAUUGGGCCAUGGACUUGUGAGUAUACCUAGAAAUAAGUGGAUCAGUGGAAAUAUUAUGAGAAAGUUGAACCAUCAAUAUCUCCAGAUUCCGAAAUUAGUUGAUAAUCUCGAAGACACUAAGAUCAGCUUGAAAGAGGAUAUUUUCCAAAUAUUGGAGUUGAAGAAGCAUUUCACCAAUGAUUCGAGAGAAGAUAUUAGAUUUAGAGACUGGAUUUUGCAGUUAUACAAUAGAAUCCCAGAAGAUUUAAAGGAUUCUGUAGAGACACAAUAUGCCCAUGAAAAUGAAAACACAAUAUCUAGAGAUAGCAUCACGUCCGAUUACAUGAAGAAAUUAUCAGCUAGCUUCAACCAAAAUUUGUAUAAACUAGUGGCAUAUGAAUCCGAGUUUGAUACUAUAUUCAACAAAGUUAUGACACUUGAAGACGUGAUCAAAUCCAAGACGACCUCAAAUCUCGAAGAAAGAAACAAACUAGUGUUCAGAAACACUAAUAGGAGAUCGCUCCUUCUGCCGAGAUCUAACUUCAUUUUGUAUUACUAUGUUAUACCCCUGUGGAAUAGGUUCUUGUCAGUCGUUUUGUUUACAAUGUCAUUCAUAGUCAUUGAAUCAGAGUUUUUUCAUUCCACUAAAUUCUCAUUCAUGAAUUUGAUCAUAUAUACUACUGGAAUCAAGAAUUCUGAUACUUUAAAGCUAUGGAUCUCCAUCAUUAUAUUUUCAUACAUGUUGAUCGCUGCAUUGAAUUCCUUAACACUGCUCAAGAUUUUUAAUAUGUAUCAUUUAGUGAGUUUCAACUCCGACCCAGUUUCGGCUUGUUUCUACGCCACAUAUAUUGCUAGGUUGACAAUCCCACUUUCGUACAACUUCAUUACAUUGUUCAUUUCAAGAGAUUCCGUCUUUGAAUCAUGGUUUGGUAAAUCUAUUCACCUAACUGGGUUGUUCAAUUUGAUGAAUGACUGGCUUCCAAGAUUCGUUUUGAUUCCGGUGAUUUUGAACAUUUUUCAUGUCUAUGAGAAAUUAAAAAGGCGUCUUGGAUUGAGCUCCGAUCUUUAUGAUUCGUGGGCUUCUUUCGAUGACGAGUCAAAUCAUGACCCGGUAGAUUUAGAACAGUUGAAUAAUAAAAGAAAGGAUCUAAUUAUUGCUGACGGCAAAAGAACAAUAGAUAGGGAGCUCUUCAAAAGAAGACAGCACACAAACAACGAUUUAAGGUCAUUUAACUUAUCAAACGCGGCCGAUCUUAAUUACGAAAAUAACAGAAGAUCUUUCCACGAGUCUCUUACUAAUCCUAGUAAUACAUCCAAUCGUAUCGAUUCGGUAUAUCACGAUGAUGAGGAUGAAGAUCAAGACAUCAACAACAGGCUAGACCUUCUAAAUAGAGGGUUUGUCUCUAGCGACACAGAGAACUCUAGUGUAUGGAACAAACUUGGAGGAACACUUUCCGGCUUGAAGGAUUCUGUUGCUUCGAGAUUCCAAAGAGAGCAACAGAAUAAUAGAUCAGGGCCAUACACUGAUGACAUCUCAACAGACGAGAAUGAAGAUGACAAUGACGAUACAAUGGUUUUAUAG